AUGCACUGCUCGCCACCAGAAGGUGAACCUAAAGUUCAGGUAUUUUGGAUAAAAGAUGGAAAAGAGAUUGAGCGACAAUCUGAUUCUAAUAUGAUUAUUGCAAAUGAUGGUUCACUGAUCAUUUCCGCUGCCCGCUUAUCCGAUUCCGGUAAUUACACUUGUGAAGCACGAAAUAUCGCUAACAAACGCUUUACUGAUCCUGCACAAAUCAUUGUUUACGUAAAUGGUGAAUGGGCAGAAUGGUCUGCAUGGAAUGGUAAUUGUAAAGUUGAUUGUGCCCAAUUAAAACAAGAAAUAACAAGGAGACGUUCCGGUACAGUACAUACUAAACUUGAUGAUAUUUGGCCAAAAUUGGUACGCAGAAGAACUUGUAAUAAUCCUGCACCAAUGAACGGUGGAUCUGAUUGCUUAGGUGAUCCGGAACAAACCAGUGAUUGUUCUUUGGAUUGUCAUUUAGAUGGUUAUUGGUCAGAAUGGUCAUCAUGGUCACAGUGUAGUGAAAAUUGCCAAAAAUUUCGUACUCGUUCUUGUAAUUCACCUCAACCAACUAGUGGUGGACAGUUAUGUAGUGGACGUGAUUUAGAUACCAGGAAUUGUAGUCAAAGCGAAGGUUAUUGUACUGCAGAAGUAGCACAACGAUCAGCGCCAACCUACAUUGGAUAUAAUUUAGAAGCGCAAAUUGCAAUGUAUGCUGGACUGUUCAGUGUGCUCAUUCUUUUACUUAUCAUUCUUAUUUUGAUAUCAGUAUUGCUAUAUCGAUGUCGACGACGUUGUACUGAUGCUGAAAAGGAUGGCUUUUAUUUCGUUGAGAACAGUGGACAUGUACGUACUGUAUUAUUGCAACAACAACAACGACUACUUGGUGAUCCAAGUGAUUCACUUAAAUCAAUGACAAAAGGUGGUAGUGAAUUUUAUACGUUGACAACAACUGCUUCACCAACUCAUCCUCUUAUAAGACCACCGUCAUUAACGCUCAGAUCUGCUAAUAGCAGUGGCUAUUCAUCAACAAGAAAAAUUACAGGAUCACGUGUGGCAUUAAUUACGGAAUCAUCAUCAAAUUCAUCGAAUGGUAAAAUUACAAUAGCGCGAACAAAUUCACGAACUUCAGACGAAAAUUAUGCAACAUUGUAUGAUUGUGUAGGUGAUGUUAAUGAUCAGUACGGGUCCUUCGAGCUCAAUAAACAACCUCAUAUUGUCCUUCCUGCUUAUGUGGAUAGUAUGGGAGGAAGAUUAUUGCUCAAACGAAGUGGUGUUGCUCUGCUAAUACCGGAGGGUGCAUUCCAGACGAAUCACAUGGUAUUCCUUGCUGUCUCCGAUGAUUUCAACGAUUCACCCAAACUAUUGGAAGGUAACACGGUGCUAAGUGCUGUGGUGAUGAUAGGCUUAUGUGAUGAGAAUGAGAAUGAUGUCGUCAUACAUAGGCCAUUUAUUGUGACAUUUAAACAUUGCGCCAAUAUUUUUCCAAAAGAUAACUGGAUUUUCAUGAUUUAUGCAAAAAACAAUCAAAGCAACAACUGGGAAAUGGUAGCACAAAUUGGUGAUGAAGAUAUAAAUACACCCCUCUAUUGUCAAAUGGAUUUGACAAGGUGUCAUAUAAUGAUAGAACGAUUCUGCAAGUUACUAUUGGUGGGUAAGCCACGUCGAUCGACGAUAGUCACCAUGAAACGGAUGCACUUAGCUGCGUUCGGCCCCUUGCAUCGUAUUUCCAAUGAUACUUCCAUCAGAGUAUAUUGUGUACCUGAAACUGGGAUUGCUAUUCAGAAUAUCCUAUGCCAAGAAGAAAAUACUGGUGCUUUGCUGGCUGAAUCCGAGAAUUUCCUGAUGCGUGAGAAGGGUGCCUUAUGUGUAUGUCUUGAGGAAGUGUCGACAGGACUUACUAAAAAACCCGAAGCACAGUAUCUGGAGAUACCGUCUAGCCAUCAUUUAUGGUGUAUGCAAAACGGUUUGCACUGCAGUCUGAAAACUGAUGUUCCAGAAGAUUUGUUAGAAACAAUUACCGGUCGAAUUGUUGUCUACCAGAAGGGUAAUGCUGAUGCAAGAGAAGUACUAUACUUCGACAUGCAGCAACCAUUCGACGAUAGUGAAGUGGAAGAAGAUGGAAUACUUUCGUGUGGUUUUUUACUGGAUUAUGUAACAAGACGAAGACUAGCAGAACUUUUCGAUGUCCCUACUGAUCCAACAAAGGACUGGAGAGGGCUAGCUAAAAAAUUAAAUCUCCAUAGGUAUAUUCAGUAUUUUGCAACCCGACCAGGUCUUUCACCAACAUCACUAAUUCUGAACCUGUGGGAAGCUGUGGAAUUCGGCUCACAGCGGGCAGUGCUGGAUCUUCUGCAAACUGUCCGAAUAAUGGGUCGAACUGACGCUGUAAUAGUGCUUGAAAGCUAUCUUUCCAGUUCAAACAUGAACAAAUGA